AUGGCAGCCGUCGCAACCGCACCCGACACGCCUCUGGGCACCCUCCCGACUGAAGCAGCGGCAUACUUCGAGCCGUUCGCGCUGCCAGCUUCGAACCAGCGCCAACUCAGUGCUCCGCAUGCGCCUGGAUCUGUUGCUCCUCUUGCGCUCCGCCCCAGCAAGGAGAUUACCCUUGACGAGGCCGUCUCGACGAUCAGCAACCUGCAGAAGACAGGCGUCUUGACGUCCUUGCUGUCGCAGCACGGCGCCCUGCUCUUUCGCGGUGUGCCAGUGCGCAACCCCGCCGACUUCUCCCGCUUCGCGCACGCGUUCGGUUAUGCUCCGCACGAGAUCAUUGGCCUUGUGGUCGAGCGUGGUGAGCUCGCGCCGAACGUGUCGCCGGCGAACGAGAGCUCGAAGGAGACAUUGAUCUUCAACCACAAUGAGUCGCCGCAGGUGCCGCACGCGCCCGAGUACAUCUUCUUCUACGGGCACCGCGCGCCCAAGGAGGGUGGUGAGACGCCCGUCUCUUCGUCGCUUGAGCUCUUCCGCCGUGCUCAGGAAGAGAUUCCCGAAUUCAUCGAACAGCUUGGAAAGCGUGGUGUCCGGUCCAGCGUCACGUACAAGCGCGGCCGCCAGUACGCGGGCGGCACAACGAUGCAGCAGGCGUUUGGCAAGGAAUGGGCCGAGGAUGAUGACGAGGAGACAAAGCGGCGCAAAGUAGAAGACCAGAUCCGCCGCUACGGGCGUGGAGAGGAUACGACGUGGGAGUGGACCGAUGACGGAGGCGUGAUCGUCACGCACAUCCUCCCCGCCAUCCGCACUCAGCCCGGCACUGGCCUCCCCGUUCUAUUCACUGGUUUGGCAGCUUACUAUCGCAACCUCGUUGUCAACGGGAAGCAGCGCUAUGGCGUGUCGCAGACGUAUGGCGAUGGUGAGCCCAUUCCCGAGGAGUACAUCAAGCGCCUCGCCGAAAUCACGGACGAGAUCACCGUCCUGCACAAGUGGCAGGAGGGUGACCUUCUCGUGUACGACAACGUUAUUACACAGCACGGACGCCACCCAUGGAAGGGCGAGCAAAGCGAUCGUGUCGUGUACGCCUCCCUUUUCGAUGGCGAGGCCCCUGGUGCCUAUGGUCCGCAGUCGUGGGCGAAGAGCGUUAAGGCUCUUGACGGUUGA